GAGGAGGGGCCACGGAGGCCGGGCUGUGGCCAGGCUGUGGCGGGACCAGCGUGGGGACCACAGGAGCUCAGAGCCGGUCCGAGGCAGCAGCAGGAGGCCGCCAGUGGCUGGGGGGACCCCAGCUGGGGGACUCCAGGCCGCCUGCAGGUCCCGGCCCAGGCGGGCGGCGUCGCGCGCCCCCUCCCGGGAAGCCACCAUGGAGACGAAGGACGAGGUCAGCGACACGGACAGCGGCGUCAUCCUGCAGUCCGGACCGGACAGCCCGGUGUCCCCGCUGAAGGAGCUGAAGGAGGUGAAGGAGCUGACGCACGCCGUGCGCAGGCAGCAGCGGGCCCUGGAGCAGCGCCUGGAGGCCUGCCUGGAGGAGCUGAGGAGGCUCUGCUUGCGGGAGGCGGAGCUGACGGGCGUCCUGCCCGCCGAGUACCCCCUCAAACCCGGGGAGACGGCCCCCAAGGUCCGCCGCAGGGUCGGGGCGGCGUAUAAGCUGGACGAGCAGGCCCUGCAGGGAGAGGACCCCCUGAGCAGCCUGGAGCAGGAGCUGGCCCUGCAGCUGCAGAUCGCGGAGGCCUCGCGGCGCCUGAGCCGGGAGGAGAAGCUGAGCCGCCAGGCCCGGCGGCAGCGCAAGCACGCGGUGCUGCGGGAGGAGGAGAAGCUGCGGGCGCUGGAGCGCUGCCUGGGCGAGCAGCGGCGCCAUCGGGGGUCCCUGCCCCCCGCCGCCCUGCCGCUGGGCCGAGAACUCAGUGUCUCCGACGACAGCUCGCUGUCCGAUGGGCUGCUCCUGGAGGAAGAGGAAGGCCAGGCGCCCAAGCCUGCCCCGGCGUCCUCGCCCCCGAGCCCCGAGGGGCUGCCGCCCGCCGGCCCUGAGCCGGGGGCCGUGGACCCCGCGCCCAUCCAGAACGGCCCCUGGAAGGAGACCAGCCUGGACCAGCCCUACGAGAAGCCCGGGAAGACGCCCGACCCCAGCAGCGAGUCCAGCAGCCCGGCCUCCACGCCCCAGGACGGGCCCAGCACCUCCGGCCUGUGGCUGCUGGAGCCCCCCUCCUACCACGGGGUCCCCGUCCGCGGCGUUCCCGGGCCACGGCAGGGCCGGGCCAGCGCCCCCACCACCCCCACCACCCCCGACACACAGGGGCGGCGAGGCCAGUCGCAGUCUCUGAGGAUGGACUCCUUCCGGGCAGGUCCCCGCCGCCGCCCCACGCACUACACCAUGACCGUGCCCAGCUCCUGCUGGCCCCCGAGCGGCCCCCCGCGGCCGCCCCCGGCCCCCCACUCCUGCUCCGAGGACAGCGGCUCCGACGGCUCCAGCGUGUCCCACGCCACCUCCCCCGGCAGCAGCAGCCCCGACAUCUACGUGCUGCGCCCGCUAUCCCCGCCCGGGACGCCCGGCCACCGCGGGGGCUGGGGCCCGGCCGCCCCCCGCCCGUCGCUGCCCCCGCCCCCCGGGCCCUUCCCGCCCGGCCGCUACGUGCUGGUGGCCGAGGGCUGCCUGCCGCCCGGCGAGCGGGACCCGGGGGCCCACGAGGAGGAGGGGCUGGCCCUGCGGCUCCAGCAGCUCCAGCAGCUGCAGCAGCACCUGCGCCCCCGGGGCCGCCUGGCGCGCGCGCCCUCCCUCAAGGACAGCCCCGCCGGCCGGGCCCUGUGCCGCGCGGCCGUGACCCAGGAGCUGCAGUCCUGGCACGAGCGCGUCCGCCUGCGGAGCGCCCGCCCCCACUCGCUGGACCGCCAGGGGGCCUUCCGCGUGCGCAGCCUGCCCCCCGGGCGGGCCCUGGGGCCCCGGACACAGGUGCCCACGGUGUGCGUGCUGCGCAGGUCGCCCGAGGGGGCCCCCGUGCAAGUGUUCGUGCCUGAGAACGGGGAGAUCAUCAGCCAGGUGUAGCGCCCAGGUGUGCCCUGUGCCGCCGCCGCCGCCGCCUCGGGCCGAGCCCGCCUGUGCCUUCGCCGCUCCCGCCCCAUCGCUGGUCGAUGCCCGGAGCUGAGACGUUUUUUUAUUUUUACGCCAGUUUUUUGUUCGGACGUCACGAGGUCUCUGUUGUCACUCGUUCUCGAGCUCCCUGUCGCGUGGCCGUGCUGGAGGCCCGGCUGGCCGGCUCAACCUGGGCCCCCCGCCUGUGUGCCCCCCGGCCUGCCUCCUUAUGCGAGACGAGAGGCGGGACAGAGGCAGACGGGGACCCCUGGGGUCCCCAGUGCUGGCCCUGUGAUUCCGAGGACGGCCCCGGAGAACAGCCAAUGGGCAUCUCCCCUCCCCCGUCUCCCAGCUCUCGGGGUGCCGUGGGGUGCCGGGCUGGGAGGCCCCCCCACCAUGUGCCCUGUGAUGCACGCACCAAGUGAGGGUCGAGGACUGCCUUCCUGACCCACCCCCCCCAGCCCCACGCAGGGCCCCGGUCACUGUCUGCUCUCAGGGCCUGCAGGCUCCAGCACCUCCUACCUCUGACUGAGCCCCGAGUGCGAGGCUCCACGCGGCAUGGGGAGCCCCGGUGUGUCCUGGAGCGCGCUCGGCCUGUGGCCGCCCUCCUGGGGCUGCGUCGUCGUCCUAAACCCCAAAACUGCACAGGCAUGUCCGGGAGGCUCCACCCCCGUGGCGUGGUCUCAGGCUGGGGUGGGGUCCCGGCUCCUCCCGCACCCCACGGCGCCCAACGCAGCUCCGAGAACGGACUUGCUUGCAGUGGGCAAGCCCUUCUGGUCACCGGCCGGGGAGUGACCCUCCUGAAGCCGGGAAGUGUCCCGGCCGCCCAGACGCGGGCAGGCCUGGGGGCUGCGGGCCAAAGGCCCUCAGGGGGUCGCUGGGCGAGGUGCCCAGGUGGGGGUGCUGCUUCCAGGAGACCGGCCGGCCGGCUGGAGCCCCCAGGCCCGGCUCAGAGCUGCCCUGGGGGGGCGGAGGGCGCUGGUUCCCAUUUCGCCCACACAGACCCUCCCCCUCGCGUUCCCUGGACUCGGUCAGCAGCGGCUACCGAGACAGCGAGGGCUCCAAGAAUGGAUGCCUGACCCCCAGAGGCCCCGGCCUCCCAGCCGGACAGAGAGCCCAGGUGGCCGCUCGGAGGAUGGGGCGGGGCCGCACCUGCAUGUCCGAUGUCCCACAGUGGCUGCUGUUCUUGUCCGUUGGUCUCUGAGCCCCUCUCCCCGGCCCCGGCCGUCUCCCUCCCCGUCUCCCUCCCCGCGUCCUGGGGGCUGUGGAGCCAGGAGCCGGCCAAGCACCGCCCCCCCCCCCCCCCCCCCCCCGCACACACCUGAACGUCGUUGCUGUUAACUUAUUGGGUCCCGUGUGAUGCCCGGCCGUGCCCUCGUGGUGGGGCCGCAGCCGUGUGGAUUUCAGUGCCAAAUACUCCAAUAAAGUCUGGUUUCUUUCGUGAUCAGCUGA